AUGGCCGCUUUUGGUGAUAAGCAACGCUACUUGGGCGAGAGCGCCAAGGGUAAAUCGGUGACGAGCUUUCGUAAUACCGUGACCUACUUUAAGAACUUGAUUGGUCGUUCUUACGAGAGCGAGGACGUCCAGGAAGAGCUCAAGGGCGUGACGGUCGAGCACAAGGCCAUGGAGGAUGGCACCGUGGGGUUUGUCGUCAACCACAAUGGUGAAGAAGUGACCCUGGGUUGCAAGCAGGUGGUUGCGGCGCUUCUUGGACACCUCAAGUCGUGCGUUGAUGCCUCUCUUCGGAGCAAGGCCGUCGAUUGCGUUGUUGGUAUUCCCGUUUACUUCAAUGAUGCGCAACGUCACGCCAUGCUGGAUGCCUGCAAGAUUGCCGGCCUCAACUGCCUGCGCCUCAUGAACGAGCCGACGGCAGUUGCUCUGGCGUACGGUAUUUACAAGCAGGAUUUGCCGGCUGAGGAGGAGGCGCCCCGUCGUGUCGUUUUCGUGGACUUUGGGCACGGGUCUAUGCAGUUGGCCUUGGCUGAGCUCGUCAAGGGCAAGCUCAAGAUGGUGGCGACGAGCCAUUGCCGUGUCGGCGGACGCAAGUUCACGUUGGCAAUGCGUGAUCACAUGGUGCAGCAGUUCAAGGAACAAACUGGCCUUGACAUCAGCGCCAAGCCUCGCCCCUUGCUCAAGCUCGAGCAAGAAUGCGAAAAGUUGAAGAAGCAGAUGAGCGCCAACUCACAGAGCCUCCCCAUCAACCUCGAGUGCUUGUACAAUGAUCGCGAUUUCCGUUCCGCCAUGAGCCGCGACGAAUUUGAGGAGCUCUGUGCUCCACUUUUCAAGCAGAUUGAGGACACCAUCAAGGAGUUUGGCGAGACCAUCCAAUCAGUCCACCAAGUGCAGCUGAGUGACAUUGCUAGUGUCGAGCUCGUUGGUGGCUCAAGCCGCGUCCCCCGCGUUAAGCGCGUUCUGCAAGAGGUCUUUGGUCAGGAGCCCAGCACUACCCUCAACUGUGAUGAGGCUGUGGCUCGUGGCUGUGCUCUCAUGGCAGCCAUUCAAUCCCCGACUUUCCGUGUUCGUGAUUUCAAGGUGGUUGAUGCAACUCCUCAUAGCAUCACCAUCACUUGGGAGAACACCAAGGGCGGCGAAGAUGGUCACUCGGAGAUCUACACACGCAACGGUGCCAUGAACGCCUCAAAGAUGGUUGAAUUUGAGCGUGAGGCCGAUUUUACCUUGGGUGCUGAGUACACUUCACCAGCCGAGGUGGUGGAUGCCCUGAAGACGAUUGGCUCCUUUACAAUCCAGGGUGUGAAGCCUUCCUUUGACGGCCAGGCGCAAGCGGUCAAGGUCAAGGUCAAGAUGGACGAACAUGGCUGCUUCCAGAUCCCUGAAGCAUUUUUGAUCGAAAAACUGCCUCAAGAGCCCGAACCCGAGGCCGCCCCCGAAGCUGAAGCCGAACCAGCAGCCACGGAACCAGAAACACCUGCAGCUGAAGGCGAGACUGCUGCUGCGGAUGCCGCCAAGAAAACUGAGGCUGAGAAGGAGCCGCAGAAGAAGAAGCCCAAGACACACAAGAAGGUUGCUCUGAAGGUCCAGGCAAGCAAGCCCUACGUCACGAGCGAGACGGCCCUGAACAGUCUGAUUGAGGCUGAGCUGCAGUUCAAGCUUGAAGAUCAGCGCGAACGUGAAAAGCAUGAAGCCAAAAAUGCACUGGAGGAGUACAUCUACGACAUGCGCGACAAGGUGGCCAGUAUCUAUGAAGAAUUUAUCAAGCCUGAUGAUUCAGAAAAGUUCCGCUCAACGCUGACAAAUGUCGAGGACUGGCUUUACGACGAGGGUGAAGACCAACCCAAGAAGGCAAGAAGAGUGUACGUGCAAAAGCUCGAGGAGCUGCAGGAGACAGGCAAUGCGGUGCGUUCGCGUGCUGAGGAGUAUGAAACUCGUCCCGGUGCCGAGGAGGCGCUCCGCAAGGCCAUUGUUCUUGUGCGCAAAUUUCUGGCCGAGCAUGCAGCUGGCGACGAGAAAUACUCUCACAUCUCCGAGGACGAUGUGAAGAAGGUGUCUUCUGAGGUUGAGAAGCAAGAGGCUAUGUACAAUGAGAAGACGACUGAGCAGUCCAAGCUGUCCAAGUACGAAACACCCGUGUUGACGACGGCUCAGUUGUUGUCAGCUAAACAGUCCCUCGAGCGCAUCUGCAACCCGAUUAUCAACAAGCCCAAGCCUAAGGUCGAGCCACCCAAGGAAGCGCCUGCCGAGGAAUCCAAGCCAACUGAGGCCAAUGCCGACGCUGAGGCAGCUGGUGAUUCUUCUUCUGAAAAGAAGGAGGGCAAAGAACCAGUUGAGGCCAUGGAUGAGGACAUGGACUAAAAUAGACUUUUGAGUGCUUGCAUUUCCUUGGUGUUGGGUAUGAGUUUUCUUUCGAUCUGUGCUGGUUAAUUCGAUCCGUGCUUCUUCAAUCUAGACUUGUCAUCC